AUGGCAGUUAUCUGGGGCCUCGACCUGCACGAGAUGCAGUGGGGGAAGUUCAAGGGCUCCUACAUGUUCAACCAGGUGUACCACCUCCGCUGCACAAAGAUGAUCGUCUAUCAGAUUGCCAUGAUUCUCUGCGUGUGCUCCGAGAGCGUUGGCACUGCUGCGCUAACUGACUACGUGGACCAGCAAGACGCAAUCUCUCGCCUCAGCGCGGGCCGCGCAAUGGUUCACAACAGUGACAUUGUUGGCAUUUUCUCCUACAACAUCUUCGUCGGCAUCGCAGUCGCCACGAUUUUCGGGUCCGGUUUCUUCUUCGAUCUGUUCUGGCCUGAGAGGCAGGAAUCCCGGGCUGUGAAGAUGGCGUGGAAGGUGUGCUCAGUGGUAGUGUCUUUAAUGGCGUUGGCGGAUGCGUUGGCUAUGACUCUUAUCAUCGCAACGCACAAAGCGCACAUCUCAGGUGUGUCACCAGUGGCGGCAGAGCUCUACGUCCGAGUCAACGGACCCCCGAAUCGAAUUUACAGAAAGAACGCGUACAACGUCGCCUCCGUAUGUUUGCUGUGGCCCGGUGUUGUUGCGUCGUUUGCUAGCACGUAUAUAAUGCACAGAUCCCUGCGUCACAACGAAGUCCACGGCCCGAAAGCAGCCGCCUACCGCGAUGCCGCUCCCAAGCAAGGCGAGGAGGCAUAG